AUGUCAUGGAUUUACCGAGGUGCCCAUUUGCGUCCAGCAUUGUACGUAGAGGUUGCAGAUGAACCUGUUCAAGAUGUUGGGGAAGGAACUACUAGUGGUCAGUAUGAUGGUGCAGGGAGUAGUGGUGUUGGUGGUACCAAUGAAGAUGACGAUGACACAGAAGAUGACGUACAUGGGAACAGUGACGAGGAGUAUGUGCCGUCCGAUGAGUCUGAUGAUGAUUACAGUGACCAUGACGCAUCUUCAGUAGUAAUUUCUAUUUUGACGACAUCAGUGACAUGGACAAGUCUGAACUGGAUGAGUAUUCUGAUGGGAUCACAAUGUGGGACGACUAACAAGUUGUUUCAGGAAAACAUAGAUGAAAUUGACAAAUGCCAUUCACCCCUCGCGACGAAUCCCAUGAAACGGUAUGAGGAUUACCGUAUACAUCAGAUGGGUCACGAGGUUACCAGAUUUAGCAAGAGGAAUCAGAAGUACCAAGUGGUCACGUACUCACCACCUGAUCGGCCAUGGAAGGGUGGAAAUAUCCAUGAGGGUAUGGAGACGGGAUCAUCAUCGUCUUCGCAGUCUAGACAAUAUGACCUCCAGCAGGGUCCUAUAGAUAAGAGUUUAUUGGUCUUUAAUGAUGAUCAUAGGUGGAACCGUCCUAGAAAAGUGGGAGACAUCACACGAUUUAAUCUAACCGCCUAUCGAGACCAGCUUGCGGUUUUGCAAGAACAUAAUUUUGUUUGGAUGCCGUAUUCUCCUGCUAUUCUAGCAGACAUUGAUCCAUCUUGCUCUGCCGGCUCCGCCAUAUGGAUGUCCCAGACUUGGCUGCUUUAUUUUGAUAUCCGAGAGCCACACAUCCCAGGCAGGGUGUUGCGCCAGUUCAGCUUCUUGCAGCGGGUGCCUGACAACACUUUCAUCAUGGAGAAAAAAGAAAUAGAAAAGUUGCAUAAGGAGACGCGUGGUAAGAAAUGUCGAGAUGACGUCAUACAGAGGUGGGAGAAUCGACACAACACCCUUGCAGGUCUUCAGACGGAUAUGACUCUUGAACCCCAGGCAGCACUGGAAUAUCUAGUGUGGUAUCAAAAUCACACUGUCACUUUGGUCAACAAUCCAUCAGACUAUCGUCGGCCCUGUGGUUUUCGGGGAUCUACCGAGUCACUACAUAUAAUGACAUCUGUUUGGGCUGAUAGUGAGAACCCAAGCCAAGAUUUUGCUCCAGCUGACCCAACCCAGGAGUAUAUCCCACCUAGGCCUCCCAGGACUGACCGAGGCGGCUUCCAGUUAGGGAGUGUGAGAAUGAGAAAACCUGUGGCCACCCAGAAUACCGGCGGGCAAUCUUCUACCCCCCAUGUGUCUCCUUACCGUCCAGCAUCUCCAAACCACCAUCCCUCUCCUCCUUUUGAGCAAAUGCAUUUUGAUUCAGAUUUUAUUAAUCUAGAUCCUAAUGCUGGGGGUUUCUUUGAGACUAGUUACGAGGGUGGUCAUCAUAGUCAGCAUCUAGGUGGUGACGAUAUCCAUCAUGAUCGGGAAGAUGAUAAAGAUCAUGAGGAUAUUGGGGAUCGGGAGCAUGAUGAUGAUGCGAUGAUCUUGAGCAUUCCUCUCAUGAUCAUUAUGAGGCGCGAUCGGGACGGGGCCCAGUGA